AUGCAUAGUCACAUUUACGCUCUACGGACGUCACCACAAUGGCUUGGACCACAGAUUGAGGUGAUCAGAUCAGCGACCAAGAUGAUUGAGCGAGAGAUAAACUCUGUAAACGACAACCCUUUGAUCGAUGUAUCACGUGACAAAGCUAUUCACGGUGGAAACUUCCAAGGGACACCUAUUGGUGUAGCCAUGGACAACACUCGUCUAGCCAUCGGUUCCAUCGGGAAACUAAUGUUCGCGCAGUUCACUGAACUCGUUAAUGAUUUCUACAACAACGGUUUACCCUCUAACCUAUCCGGCGGAAGAAACCCUAGUCUUGACUACGGUUUAAAAGGUGCCGAAAUCGCCAUGGCAUCUUAUUGCUCCGAGCUUCAGUUCUUGGCUAAUCCUGUGACGAAUCAUGUGGAAAGCGCUUCUCAGCACAAUCAAGAUGUUAACUCACUUGGACUGAUUUCAAGCCGUAAAACCGCGGAAGCUGUAGCUAUCCUCAAGCUCAUGUCAACAACUUACUUGGUAGCUUUGUGCCAAGCCGUUGAUCUAAGACAUCUUGAAGAAAAUUUAAAGAAAGCGGUUAAGGCGGUUGUGAGCCAGACCGCGAAACGCGUGGUAACUAUUGAACCAGACCACAUCGUUCGAGUUAUCGACCGUGAAUAUGUCUUCUCUUAUGUUGAUGACCCAAGUAGCCUCGCUAAACCUCUAAUGCAAAAGCUUAGACACUUCCUUGUUGAUUACGCUAUAGAUAAACCGGAUCAUGGGAUCAACUCUGUUUUCGAGAAAAUAGGAACGUUCGAGGCUGAGCUGAAAUCUCUCCUCCCUAAAGAAGUGGAACGAGUCAGGACAGAGUACGAGAAGGGUACGUGGGAUGUGGCUAAUCGAAUCAAGGAGUGUCGGUCCUAUCCGUUAUACCGGUUUGUGCGAGAGGAGGUCAAGACCAGGUUGCUAACCGGUGAGGAUGUUUGGUCACCGGGAGAGGAUUUCGACAAAGUUUUCACGGCAGUCUCUCAAGGAAAACUCAUAGAUCCUUUGUUUGAAUGUCUCAAAGAAUGGAACGGAGCUCCGAUUCCAAUCUGCUAG